CCUCGGAUUCCUAUCAUUUCUCGAGCCUGUGAGUGCACUCACAGAGAAUACUAGAACCAUCGACCGCCGAAAUGUCAUCCGCAGGUACAAUCCCGUGCGCACAAACCUGUCGACGACCACACCAAUGCAGGUCGGCAACGGGGAUUUUGCCUUUGGAGCGGAUAUAACCGGACUACAGACCUUACUGCCCUUCAAUAUCCUCUCGUCGUGGUGCUGGUGCAACGACUCGCUGCCCAUUACCGCUGGGCAGACCGAGCCCUCCGACUUCACAGGCAUGGACUGGUGGACGCACGACCGCCUGGUCAACUACGAUAUCGCGAAUCCCGCCGAGGCGGCUAUCUCGCAGUGGCUCAUCGCCAAUCCCCAUCGGGUCAAUCUGGGGCGGGCUGGGUUCUUAUACCAAGGGAAAAAUAUCACGGCAGCGGAUGUGACUGACACGGUGCAGACCCUGGAUUUGUACAGCGGGAUCCUGAUUUCAAGGUUUGAGCUGCAUGGGACGACUGUCUCGGUUCGAACAAUUGCAGAUCCCUUCUCUGAUGCUGUGGCUGUGGAUGUGCAGUCAUCUCUUCUGGUGGAUGGCUCCCUGAGCGUCUUCUUCGACUACCCUUUGACCACGGGAACAAACAAAUUCGAGGCUCCCUUUGUGGGAAAUUGGAGUUUGGUCGAGGAGCAUACCACCCGCUUACAGAGAGCAACAUCGCGAGAGGCAGUGGUUGAGCACACUCUGGGGGGCACGACUUACUACAAUACCAUUGCAUGGGAGCAGGGCGGCAAUAUCCGCGGCGCAAUCAAUGGAACGCAUCGCUAUUUCCUCCAACCCACUGGCAAAGGAGGGAAGUUCACUUUCACCUCUUCGUACACGCCGUCGAUUCACGAAGCCAUGAGGUCGUUUGCAACCGUCGAAACGUCCUCGACGCAGUGGUGGGCGCAAUACUGGGAGUCCGGCUGUUUCGUCGACUUGACGGGCUCCAACUCGUCAGAUGCCGCAGAGCUCCAGCGCCGCAUUAUCCUCUCGCAGUACCUACUUGCAGUGAACAGUGCGGGUCACGAUCCACCGCAGGAAUCCGGCCUGCAGAACAACGGCUGGUACGGCAAGUUUCAUCUGGAGAUGGUAUUCUGGCACCUCGGGCACUGGGCCCGCUGGGGCAAAUGGGAGAUCUUGAACCGCAGUCUCGGGGUAUACGAGCGGUUCCUGCCAUCGUCGAUUGCGCGCGCAAAGAACCAGGGAUACGAGGGCGCACGCUUGGGCAAGAUGAGCGACCCGUCUGGUGCCUCCGCUCCGGGUCCACAGAAUGCCCUUUUGAUUUGGCAGCAACCCCAUCCGAUGUACUUUGCGGAACUGGAAUAUCGAGCCUCGCCAACCGUAGGAACAUUGCAGAAAUGGGACACAAUGCUCAACGAGCUCGCAACCUGGAUGGUGUCGUACGCGUGGUGGAACGCGACGACCCAGGUCUAUGACCUCGGCCCGCCGAUGUAUCCGUCCUCGGAGAACACCAGCCCCAACUCGACCUACAACCCAACAUUCGAGCUGGCCUACUGGCGGUUCGGACUGAAAAUUGCCUCGGACUGGAAGAGACGACAAGGGCACGAAGUCCCAGAGUCCUGGACGCACGUGCGGGAGAAUCUGGCACCGCUGCCCGUCGUGGACACCGCGUACUCAAUCUGCGCAGAUCUGCCGGAUAUGUGGACGGAGAGCAGUUAUACGUCGGACCAUCCGAGUCAGAUUGCAGUGUAUGGGCUUUUGCCACCGACGACUGGUGUCAAUGUUUCGGUCGUCAAUGCCACGAUGGAUCGCAUCACUCAGACUUGGAACUUCUCCAAGUCUUACGGAUGGGACUUUCCGAUGUUGGCGAUGACUGCCGUCCGGUUGGGGAACGUCGACGAGGCGAUCUCGUAUCUGCUGCACCCCAACUUCCAUUUUGAUGAUGUGGGCAACCCCGUGGGGACCGUGGUGCCCACGCCGUAUUUCCCGGCUUCGUCGUCGUUGUUACUCGCGGUGGCGAUGAUGGCUGGCGGUUGGGAUGGUGCUGAAGGGAUGCAUUUUCCACGAAGCUGGAAAGUCAAGGUGGAGAACUUCGUUCCUGGGAUCUAG